AUGAGUAGCCACUGUGACGAGAAUAUCUAUCUUCUCGGACGGGACGAGGCCGAGACCGAACGUCUCAAUAAGCAACAUCGUUUUUUGGUUGCCGUCUCCGGUGGUGAAUUGAUUCAUCCCUCUAUUCCUAAAGCGAAAAUCACUGCCGUUGCGGACAUCGGCACUGGUACCGGAGUCUGGCUUGCAGAUCUCGCUAAUCGGCUGCCCAAUGCAUCCUCGAUAUAUUUUCACGGUUUCGACGUCUCGGACGCUCAAUUCCCACCGGAGAACACAAUAACGCAAGCGACGGGGCAAAAGAUCCCAUUAAGUGUCCAAGAUGCCUUGAAGCCUUACGCGCCAGAGCACCAAGGCCGCUACGACUUAGUCCACAUCCGGCUAUUGACGGCGGGCCUACGACAAGGCGACUACGCUUCAGUACUGAAUAAUGCACGAGACCUUCUAAAACCCGAGGGCUGGAUCCAAUGGGAAGAAGUCGACCACACAACAUUCUGCACGAACAAAAUCCCUGAAAACCCGGUAAUCACAAAAAUGCGCAACACGACCAUCGACGCAAUGCUCACACUCGGUCUGUGGCCGUUUGCGCCCCAGCGCGUUUACGAUGAAAUCUCCGCAGCGCGGUUCCAGAACGUGCGUCGUGAGACGUACACCACUGUGGGGAAAGAGCAUCUUCAUGAAACAGCUUCGAAAUGGGUCGCUAAUGUUAUGCGUGCAAUGGUUCCACCGUCUAUGGUUGUUAAUGGACAGGCGAGAAAUGAUCAGGAGGCCAAAGUGAAGGUUGAGGUGUUGAUUAGGGAGUUUGAGAGGCAUUGUGAGGAUGCGUUGCCGUUGGUUAAUUUUGGGGUUACGGUUGCACAGCGGUCUGGGUGA